AUGGCAAAAAGCGACUGGUACAUUUACUGGAUAUGCGCGGUAGCAUCCCUCGCGAAUAUUUUCCAGGGGUUUGACUCGGGCAUUUACUCCAUCAUCAUCUCGGACAAAAAGUUUGGUGCUUACUUCCACCUCUCUAGUGCACGAGAAGGAGUCGUGGCUAGUAUGAUCAGCUUGGGCAAUGUCAUCGGCAAUCUCUUCGUGUCUUGGUGGUUCAUCUGGUAUGUUGGACGUCGAUUUGCCUUUGUUCACGGCACCAUCAUCCUUCUGGUCGGCGUUGCCCUCCAAGCCGGCGCCCGAGACUUCGCCAUGAUCGUCGUGGGCAGAAUUGUGGCUGGAAUUGGCACUGCCAUCAUCGGCACCAACCUUGCUGCAUACCAGGCCGAAGUUUCCUCGCCACAAAUCCGAGGUCGAGUCGUCUCCUUCGUUCAACUUUCAUACCAAGUUGGUGUCCUCGUCGCGUACUGCGUCGGUCUUGGGACCGUUAAGAUUUCCGGCAACAACUCAUGGAGAGUCGCGACUGCUCUCCAAGUUGUUCCUGGUGUUGUCUUGAUCGCAGCCUCCUUCACCAUCCCAGAAUCUCCUCGAUGGUUGAUUGAACGCCACCCCGAGAAGCCGGAAGCGGCUUUACGGGAACUCGCCAGAAUCCGCAGACUGCCCGUCGACAAUGACGGCGUCAAGCACGAAUACGCCGAGUUGGUCGCCGCUCGCGACUACCGUCUAGAGAACGAAAAACGCCAAACCUGGUCAUCCUUCCUCCGCUCCUUCCCAGUCUGGAAACGAAUUGCAUAUGGGAUGACCACCAUGGCUCUCGGUCAACUCUGCGGGGUCGGCGCAUUGAUGAUCUACGGCAUCCUCAUCUUUGAAGGUCUUGGUUUCUCCUCUGGGACCAUGUCGUUGCUCCUGAACGUCGUCUCUGGUGUCUUGUGUCUCGCGGCCACCGGAAUCACAACCGGAGGGGUUGACAAGUGGGGUCGUAGGAUCACUCUGCUCGCUGGUUCUGCCACCAUGAUUCUCAGCUAUGUCAUCAUUGGCGCACUGUCAGAUGCAUACCCUACGGCCACCAACUUCAACCGUGGUGCCGCUAUUGCUUGCGUCGUCUUCAUCUAUGUGAUUAUGAUGGCAUACAGUGGUGCAAUGGGACCAGUCGCCUGGAUCUACGCCAGCGAGAUCUUCCCAACUCACCUCCGAGACAAAGGCGUCAAUGUCAGUCAGGCAGGACAGCAGAUCACGACUCUUUGGAUCAACCAGGCUUGGCCAGUCAUGUUUGGCAAUGUUGGUCACAACGCGUACUGGAUCCUCGUCAGUAUUAAUCUCCUUGGCUUCAUCGUGGUCUUCUUCUUCUGGCCAGAGACAAAGGGAAUCAGCCUUGAGCACAUGGAUCGUCUGUUCGGGGAAGUUGACAAGGUCGAGGCACAGAUCCGUGCCCGAGGCCUGUCGAUGGUGGAAGAUGUGCUUCACGGCGAUGAGGAGAAGGGGACCACAGUGUUACAGGAGAAUGUUGACCGAAAGUGA